UUUGCUCGAGCUAACUGGCUGCGGUUAGCACAGAGGAGCGAAAGUGUGUGGCAGCAAAGCUGAGCCCACUUAGAUGCAUGAGUCGGUCAGACGUUCGUGUGUUUGAGACACACGUCCGAUAAAGUCGGGUUGUCGCUGCGAGGAGAGACGCGAACACCUCACAGGUGUAUGAAAAUGAUUUUUCUUGCCACUGUCUGAAAGGCCAUGAUCAGCUUGUCAAGUUAUGCAGGGGUUAUGGAAAGUCUAAUGAAUUCUGCUGAAGAGCAGCCACCCUCCUCUCUCCUGGCCAAUAAGAAUCAAAAGCCCAAAUGUGUUGGUGGAUUUGUCUUAGUGCAUGCAGGAGCAGGAUAUCAUUCUGAAUCUAAGGCCAAGGAAUACAAGCAUGUGUGCAAAAGAGCCUGCCAGCGUGCUGUGGACCGACUCAAAGCCGGGGCACUUGCAGUGGAGGCAGUGGCCGCAGCACUGGUUGAACUUGAGGACUCUCCUUUUACAAACGCUGGCAUGGGCUCCAACCUUAAUUUGUCAGGGGAAAUUGAAUGUGAUGCGAGUAUCAUGGAUGGGAAGUCUCUGCAUUAUGGGGCCGUAGGGGCUAUUAGUGGUAUGAAGAACCCAGUCUUAGUUGCAAACCGUCUACUGAGUGAAGCACAGAAAGGGAAACUAUCAGCUGGCAGAAUACCACCAUGCUUUUUAGUGGGACGAGGAGCACACGAUUGGGCAGUCGGCCAUGGAAUGCCACCGUGCCUUUCAGAGAAAAUGGCCACCAAGUUCAGUUUAUCUGCGUACAAGAGGAACAAGCGAAAGAUGGAGCUGGCAGAAAAAAUGGACACAGGACAUAAUCAGGCCAAGAAAAGACGACAAUCGAGUGAAAAUGAAAACUGCUCAGGGUGCCUGGAUACAGUGGGAGCUGUUGUGGUCGAUCUGGAAGGAAAUGUAGCUGCAGCAGUGUCCAGCGGAGGUCUGGCCAUGAAACAUCCCGGCCGGGUUGGCCAGGCUGCUCAUUAUGGAUGUGGCUGCUGGGCAGAAAAUGCUUGUAAUAUGAACCCUUACUCUACAGCAGUGAGUACCUCAGGCUGUGGGGAGCAUCUGAUUCGCACCAUGCUGGCACGGGAAUGCUCUGCUGCCAUGCAGUCUGAGGAUGCCCACCAAGCUCUGCUGGAUGCUAUGCAAAACAAGUUCAUCAGCUCACCCUUUCUGGCCAGUGAAGACCGUGUUUUGGGUGGAGUAAUUGUCUUGCGCUGCUGCAGAUGUGUGGAACCUCAGCCAUCUCAAAAUAUUCAGGGUAUACUGGUGGAGUUCCUAUGGAGUCACACCACAGAGAGCAUGUGUGUUGGCUACAUGUCUGUCCAAGACAGCAAAGCAAAGACACACAUAUCCAGAUUACCACCGGGGACAGUUCCUGGACAGUGCUUGGCCAUCGAAGGAGGGGUGUGUCGUCUGACGAGCGCAGUGGAGUGAGCCGCACUCCACCUCCUUCUGGGCUUCUUCAUCAAUACUCCCUCACAAACACUUAGUACUGAACCCCAAACACACGUUCCCACCACCUUUGAGAAACCAGAAGUAAUAAACUUGAGCUGUUUUAGCGGGUGAACAGGAAGAGGGAGGGGUGUUAGGCUCUACUUAGUGCACUUACAGGACUUCCCUUUGCCACCGUCUGCCUCUAGCAUGUACUGUAUCAACACCCCCCCCUCCCAGCUCUCCAGUGUCACCUGGAUUACACUUGAUGCACUAUUGCCCUGAUGCACCAGGUUUUUUUUAUUACUCGUUUCCUUUUCUACUCUUUUUCCUUUUGUAUAUAAGCUAUGAUUUAGGAAAACAGAGUGGAUAUUCAUGUGGUUUUGUAUCGCUGAACGGAUGAGACUACUUUUGAGCAUUUAGGAAUUUCUAAUGCAAGACCUCAUUUUGUUCCUAAAGUACUUUUAAAGUUUAAAAAGAUGUCCGCCUGCACCGUGUGGAAUGACUGCUACUCAAGAUCAUUGUUAACGAGUGAAGCAUUUAUAGCUGUGAGAGUUGACCAGUCAUGAUUUACAAUGUUAACGGGUACAAAUCAAUUUCCAUGUGCCCGUACAUGCAUAUCAUUAUUAAUCCUCCAGUUUACUGUGUAAUGUAGCAUAAUGUGCUUCCUAGAUCUCGAUACAUUUUAUAGUCAUUCAGCCACAUAAUGCAUUGUUUCUUUGAUCGUUUUAAAAAGCUAUUGCAUGUGUGGGAAUCUACAGUAAGCCUUUUUGUGUUCUCUGUUAGCAGUAUUUAGCAACGCUAAACGUGACUGUUAGUCAUCAUUUAAAAAAUCACACUUUAUUAUAUUUGUAUUUUCUUGCAAAAAAAAGGACGGCUAAGGACUAAUUUAUGUUUCAAUCCAAUGAAUUGGUGCGGUUGAGAACUGUAAGAGACUAAGGGUCUAUAUUUCUGUUGGGAUAAUCACUUCCUCUGGUUUUGCUGUUUCACUCAGUUACUGCAACAACAACAAAAAGUAAAUAAAAUCUAUGUUGCCACAUUUCUGUGUCUAUUGUUAGUUUUAGUUUUUCAACUCUGACAUGAGACACACUCCAACUGUACCUAUUUCAGAAGAGGAGAGCAAUUCGUGGAAACCCAAACAGAUGGCGUGAAUAUCAUGAUCAUGUACCGUGGACUGCCAAUGAUGUCCGGGAAGGAAUUACACGCCAGAGUUACUGGAGGGGAAAAUGAAUUUUGCAGAAGGAUGUGUGAGGCUGCUGAGACAAUUUCAGUCUGUGUUCUGCUUGCAUACACAAACCCACCAAAUGUUCAGUUCAUGUCACAAUUUGUUCAAUGUGGAUUACAAAACCUACAAUUUCCAUCCUCCA